AUGGUCACUGCCUCCGUGGCAGGACUGUGGUUUGCUUCUGCCACUCACGCUAGCGACUGCUCGACUUCUAGUAUCAGCAACCCUUCGAUCCCCCAUGGUCAAGUCCUGGACCUAUCCGCAACCCCUGUCAACAACUACAAUUAUCAAAACUCAACCCUGGAGUUCUGCAAUGUGACCGUUAUCUACACCCACCCCGGCUGGAACGAUAUGAUCUACGUCAACGUCUGGCUCCCAUCAUCCAACUGGAACCAGCGACUCCAAGGCGCAGGCGGCGGUGGAUUCUCGGCUCUGGAUAGCGUGAGCGAUCUAGCAAAGGCUGUGGCUGGAGGCUAUGCGGUUGUUGGAACGGAUGCGGGACAUGAAUUGAAUCCCGCGAGCUCGGAUUCUUGGUCGCUUGACGAGUCUGGAAAGGUCAACAUGGCACUCCUCAAGGAUUUUGCUUCUGUUGCCUUGAAUGAUGCGGCGCUCGUAGCAAAAGACGUUAUUAGCGGGUUUUACGGACAUGGUCCGCGGUACUCAUACUGGAAUGGAUGCUCGACAGGUGGCAGACAGGGUCUUAUGCUUGCGCAGCGAUAUCCUACGGCGUAUGAUGGAAUUCUGGCGAAUGCUCCUGCGAUCAAUUGGCCAAAGUUCAUUGUCGCUGAGUACUGGCCGCAGUUUGUGAUGAAUCAAUUAAAGUCUCACCCUCCAUCUUGUGUCACGGAUGCCAUCACCGCUGCUGCCGUUAAGUCGUGUGAUGGAGAUGAUGGAGUGAAGGACGGUGUUAUCUCAGAACCAGACCGUUGCCAAUUCGACCCAUUAACCACGGUCAACCAGGAGAUUAACUGCAGUGGACAGACAGUGGCGAUCACCCGGAACGACGCACUCGUGGUACAAAAGAUUUGGGAUGGUAUGCGCUCAGUCAACGGCUCGUCCCUGUGGUACGGUCUUGAAAAAGGCGCACCGCUGUCGAGCGGGCUGGCCAUAACGACAUGCUCGUCGCCGUCUAACUGCACGGGUACACCAUUCCCUAUCUCAUCAGACUGGAUCAGUCAAUUCAUUUUGGAGAACCCAUCUGUGGACUUGACCCAAAUUAGCCACGAGCAAUACCAACGGAUCUUCGAAUAUUCCUGCAAGAAAUACGACCCAAUCAUCGGAACGAACAACCCAAAUCUAUCCGCAUUCAAGCAAGCCGGCGGCAAGCUGGUGACAUGGCACGGGUUAGCUGAUCAAGUGAUCUUCCCCAAAGGAACAGAGAAGUACUACAACGAGGUCGAGGAAUUGGAUCCUUCGGUUCGUGACUUCUAUCGCCUCUUCCUGGCCCCGGGCGUGCAGCACUGUGAGGGAGGUGAUGGCGCUAUUCCGGUCGAUCCGUUGGAAUCAGUCGUUAACUGGGUCGAAAGAGGUGUUGCACCGGAGACGUUGCUGGGGAAGACGGAGGAUGGUUCAAGGAGUCGGAAGCUGUGCCAGUAUCCGCUGGUAUCGGUGUAUCUGGGGGGCGAUAGUCGGGAUGCGUCAUCGUAUGCAUGCAAAGAGGCUUCUGCUCGAUAG